AUGCAUCAACACCACUGCGCCGACGCCGUGUCUCGUGGAGACCUCCGUGGUGCUGGUCACCGCAUCUACGUGCGGGAGUGGAGGCUGGAGGCCCAUGCGGACAAUGAGGACCAGCUCCAUCAUGUUCGUCUCUGCCUGGAAGGCGUCCCGCUGCACGGCUGCAACCACUACAUCGCCACCUUCCUCAUCGGCCGUGGCUGCUCCCUCGACUACAUCGAGCCGCGUUCGCUCCGCAAAGAGGACACGAGGGACAUUGCGCUCUGGGCAUGGACGUCCAACCCCAACGCCAUCCCCAACGUCAAAUGGCUCACGCUUCCGGCUCAUGGUCAUCGCCGCCGCGGACGCCGUGGCCUCCGGCACCGCGUCCUCAUCCACCUCGACCUCCACGAGGACCACUCCAAGGCUGCGGACGACGACGACAACCCACCAGCCCCGGAUGUCUUCGAGUUCACCUGGUACAGGAAGAUGGUCGACGCACGUACAAACAAAGGGAGCACCGGCCCGCCCAGGGUGGUGCGGAACGCCGUGGGGACAGGCAGAUGA